UGGUGAACAUCAGGAAGGAAUGAUUCAUCUCUCGUCCCGGUGACAUGAUGGUCCAUCCCAACGCGGUUUUCUCGGCAACUGGCAUCCCAUCGUCUCCAACCCUGGCUGGUUCUGAUGUCUUGACUCUGGACAUAUCACUGGCUCCUAAGGUGAACAGGUAGAAGUGCUUUCUCGUCUCCGUCAUUCAUAUGGACUCCUCGAAGAUGUUCAUAAGUUUUAAUAAGUUCCUUGUACCUGGGGUUUGGCAAAGUCAUUAGCACAUCCUUCUCAAUCCGGUUCAACUCACAUGGCAUCUUGAAUUUUCCCUCAACAUCUGCAAUCUCGACUUCGUACACAUCAAUUUUCCUUGUUGUAGUUUGGAACAUCAUCUCAAUUGAUUUAAAUUCCUGUCUCACUGGCUUUUUUCCAAUUGUAUUCAAUAAUGUACUUGACGCGAAAGAGCUCCCAGAUCCAGUAUCUAAAAGUGCUCGACACUUAACUCCUUCAAUCUCGACUACAACAACUGGAUAAACAACAUCAUUUCCAUUGGGUUGGCACAUCAGCUUUUGACCAUCUUCUAGUUUAUCACAAAUAGAAGUAUGGUGUCUUCGCUUGCAGUUAUAACACUGGAUCCUACUUCUACAAUCACUUGCUCUAUGCUUCUCGUCUGUGCAAUUAAAACACAGAUGCUUGCUGCUUAACAAUUUCUUUCGGUCACUUGCACUCACAACUUUAUCGCACUCUACCGAUCUGUGACUUUUGCUUUCACAAUACACACACUGUCUAGAUUGUUCCUUUGCUAACAAUAAUCUAUCUUUCCUACCGUCUUUCCAUGGUGAUCCAUCUUUCUUCGCAUCUUUCUCACUUUGUUGUAUUGGGUUUCGCUCAAUCCAUUGUCGCAAUGCUUCAACCAACUCAGGGAAGGUCCACUUUUUCCACUCUGGCGAGGUUCUUGUUAGGUCAGCCCGAAUCCCUUCCAACUUAUCCAAUGUCAUCCUUACAUUUCCCGCAACAUCGCCUAGUUUUCCGAAUGUUUCAAGCGCUUGAACGUGUCCGACAAGAUUGUCAUAAAAGUUAUGUAUCUUUUGUUUUGAAGCACCAUUAAUGGUAGGUAGGGAAAUAAUUUCUUGUAUGUGUGCAUUGACCACCUCACUUGUAUCACCAUACCGUUCCUUUAACAUCUUUUUCGCUUUUGCAUACCCUUCGGUGCUGAGUGGUAAUUUAUCGAUUGUAACCCUAACUUUAGAUACAACAUGCUCUUUCAAAUAUGCAAACUUUGCUUCAUCAUUCAUAGGUGCUCUAUCAAUUUGGGUCUCAAAUAAACCCCAGAACCGCACCCAGUCCAAAUGACUUCCUUGAAAUUUUGAUAUUUGCAGAUCAGGUAAUUUUGUUUUGAUCCGUUUUGCAGAAGCAAUCUCCAACUUCUUUUCUUCCAAAGAUAAUGCAAACUUUUCCUCCCUUGCACGCUUUUCAAAUUCUGCCUGUUCUUCCUCAUGUCUUAUUAGAGCUCGUGCUUCCACUUCUUGUCGAAUUUUCUCUUGGCGCUCAAUUUCCCUUUGUAUUUUCUCUUCGUCUAAGAGCCUACGAUUUAACUCUUCGAUUGCCGCUUCAUAUUCACGUAAUCUGCCAUUAUUUUCGCUUGUCCACUCGUCAAUAGUUUCGUCAGAUUCGCCUGCAUCGAUUUUCAAGCAUUGUAUAAGCUCAAUCAAACCAUACGCUUCGCUUACCUUGGUUUUUAGCGUUGUUUGUUGUCGUAUUAUCGCCUCUUUCGAAUUCACUCUCAAAAUCUCGUCUGUUGCUCGGUUAAAAUAUGCUAAUUUCCGUAGUAAAGACUGUAAGUUAACCAGUUUCGACUCAGUUUCCUUGGAUAAACCCGAUUGCUGUUCGUCUUGGGCUUCAAGAUCUCUUCGCUGACUUUGUUGUCUCGUCACCAUAGCUCGAUUUUGUAGUCAAAAUACUUCCUCAAACCCCGAUAAACUCUCGAUAAAUUCCCGAUAAAUUCACAAGUUACAAGUCCAAAUAAUCCCGGUCGAAGGUGCCACUUUGUGGUGAAGUUUAGUUUGGUUCCCACAAUCGGUUCGAAGAAGUAAAGACUUUAUAAUAUCACGUUUUGUUUAAGUUAUAAUUCCCGUUCUAAAGUCAACGCUCGCUCACAUGUUAUGUACUAUAUCCGAAGUGUCAAUCAAAUUGUACAUUUCCUUAAUAAUAUUAACACUACUGAUCUAUAAAUGUAACUGUAUAAACGUUCACGACAACACAUUCCUUGUCAUUUGAACCAACAGUAUCCUACCUGACAGCUGUCUUAUUGAGUUUUCCUGCACCAAAAUGCUUUACAGGCCUUUCUUUUCUAUAUUCCCUAUACUCUUUAGAAAAACAUUUGUUCCUUCCACCGUAGGUAGCAUAUGCAUGCAUGCCCAUCUCAACGAUUUAGUCGUUAUAUGUGACUGUAUAUACGACUUUGACAUGUAUAGAGUAUCUGCACACCCCUAAGAAGUAUCUGCACACCCCUUCUUUCUCCCUUAUUACCAGCGCGAGCCAGUGUCCACGCCUUUAUAAAGUGGCCAGAGUUACACUGCUGUACUAUAGAGCAAUCAGCACAGACAACAAGAGGUUGUGCGCCCACAUGGUGUACCAGAUUUCUAACCCAGACGAUAUAGUUAGUCUUGAGACAACUACUGAGAAAAAGUAUGAAGAUGAUUGGUCGCCAGGAUGAUCCUAAAUGUCUUCACCCAUCAUGCGACAGAACACCAGGCCAUAAGCCAUAAGGGAAAUUGUGAACGAACGACAACCGACGCUGAGCAAGUUCUAACAACUAAGCCACUGCCCAAAAUUUGAUGUGGAUAAAACGAAACUGCGUUACCGUCAAAUUAUAUUGAUGUAAAAUACUAUAUAUAGUUCUCAUCAAUAAAAGUAACGAAGUACAAUUGUGCAAGUAUAUUUUAAAUUUUACAUUAAAUUUGAUAGUUGAUGCAAAAUCUAUUUUAUCUAUAUAUUUUUUAAACAGCUUGAUCACUGUGCCUCUUUGGAAAACCUUAGAACGAUCGAAGGAAAACCAAAUUAUAAAUUUAUUGAGGUAAAGCUAGUCAAUUAAUAUAAUGGUAUAGUGAGUCAAUUUAAUAAAUUCGUGCUGUCGUAUAUAGAUCUAAUAUUGACAUUCAUGCUGAGCAUCUCAUCUUAAUCAUUAGUCGUAACAAGUUCUCAUAUGUAUAUAGAACUCUGCCAUUUCCACUUUCAGUUUAUAUUUUUCUUUUAGGGAGAUAUAUGUGAGGCAACUUACAUGAAGUAUUUAUUCCAAUCAGAGAAAAUUGAUGUUGUCAUGCACUUUGCUGCCCAAUCACAUGUAGGUACUGUCACUUUCACUUGUUUGUCUUAUAGUAGUGAAUAAAGUAGUCCCUCCUUAUCGUGUAUCAUUGUAUUUUCACCCACUUCACCAAUAGUAAUACUAAUAUUUCUCCGACUGUCCUUCCAUAACUUGAAUGAUUUCUGUUGGUUGGUUUGGCAAAAUAUUUUUGCAUACAUGUAAAUCCAGACUAAUAUGUAUAAUGAUUUUUUUGUACAGUAUAAGUCCAUCGUUUUUCAUAACCUUUAAUUUUAUAAAAUAUCAUUUCGUCCAAUUAGUAAAAGGUAAUUGUGUGAACCAGGGCUCGAAUUUUAUCGCGGCAAUUGCCGUAGAGGGAGAAUAAAAUGCCGUGGAUCAUUGCGGCAACGACGGCAAUUUUUUGCCGUAUAGUGCAAUUUUUAUACUAUUCACUGUGCAUUACUACUUUGAUACUUGAAUUCAGAUGUUGCGUAAAUCUUUAUUUUAGUCUCAGUUUUCUUCGAAAAGAAAAUACUAAAGAAAUACGUAGACAUGUUUCUAGCUUGUCAAAAAUCCAAACUAUAACAAUAAAAUUAAAGUUUUAUUGCAGUAAUUUGAAAAAUGCCGUGGAAACUGCCAAAAUUGCCGUAGCUGCAUGUACAGCUGCAUGUUAUAUGUUCUACGGCAAUUUUUAACGCCAUUGCCGCGUCCAUUAAUUUCAGGGAAAUUCGACGCCUAUGGUGUGAACUAUAAGUAUAACUGAGAAUACUGUUAAAUAGGUCAAAUAUUCUAUGACUAUAAUUAUCGGAAUGUGGUGAAACAUGUCUAUAUAUGCUGUACAUAAUAUGCUACCUAUAGAUUUUGCUUAACCUGUACGCUAAUACGUUGUCUUGUAUAUUUGUUUUGUAUAUUUUGUUCGAGAUUUUGUUUAUUUGGAGUAAAUCCAUGCCUAACGCAGCCCUAUACCAAUAUUAUUGUUCAUUCAAGAUAAAUCAUUUUGGAGUUCCCUUGAGUUUACGAAAACCAACGUGUAUGGUACACAUGUACUAGUGAAUGCAGCGUUUGAAGCAAAUGUUCAACGUUUUAUUCAUGUUAGUACUGACGAGGUUUAUGGUGGAAAAUCUGACAGUGUAAGUACUAGCAACCACUGUGCAUUUAGAAGUUGUUUAAUUGACGUGUAUGCUUUAAAAAGAGACAUGAGCUUUCCCGUGCUUACUUCUCAAACCCUUAAUAAAUAUAUCGAACGCUGCAUACCUUGUCAUAAAUAUACCACGUCGAUCCAUGCAUAAAUUAGUCAACUUUUGCGUUAAAUACUGGCUAGUGAUCGUUUGAGUAGUUUUUUCAUACAUUCUACAUGAUUCAUGAGGUAGUCAGGCAAGACAUACAAUUACUUAGUUUUUAAGCAAAAUUUUUCUCUCAGGUAUUAAUCGAGUCAUCUCCAUUUCGACCUUGUAAUCCUUACUCAGCAUCCAAAGCGGCUGCCGAAUGUAUAGUCAUGUCAUACUGGGAGAGCUUUAAGGUUAGUACUUGAGUAAGUUGUUUUAAAAUUUUAAUAUUUCAGUUUUAAUAUUUAGUGCUGUAAUGUCAGCGAAGUGCAUUCUAUAUGUAUAAGGAUUAAGGGACAGAGAAAAUAUCCAAAUUAGAGCGGUGUCCUUGAUGACGUCACGUUCAACGCCACUUUCGGAAAGCUUGAAGAAUCACUGUCCAAAAUCCAGAGUUCGUAUAAUCUGCUCUUGUAUAUCAUAGGCAUUUGUUGGUGUUUUGUCAAAACAUAGAAAACUGUUCGUAAUAGAGAGGUGUUUAUAUUAAAAUUGGUGUGAUAAGGAUAGGUUCGACUCUUUUUAUUAACAACGAGGUAUAUAUUGUAGAACCUAGUUUUCAGUGCAUUUGAGCUGUCACAAGACUUAAUAACAUCUUGUUGUCUGAUUUGUACGGCAAUAGGGGCAUUUACAUUUGUAUUCAUGACAAUGCUUACUAUUCAGUAUUCUUUCUGUUUACAGUUUCCCGUCAUUAUUACUCGGAGUAAUAACGUUUAUGGACCCCAUUCUCAUCCUGAGAAGGUUUGCUUUAUACGUUGUACUGUACAAGACCUCCGUAUAUAAAUAGCUGAGGUUUUUAAUGUUUCUUUUUGCCAUGCAUUUAUAAUAAUGUAGUAAAAGAAAUAUGCAGAUAAUGGUUGAUUCGAGCUAUAGAUUAAAUUUUGAUCAAGGCAAGAAGAACGAAAUCCAACACCACAGCUAGAAAGAGCGUCUUAGAAUGAGUAAAACUGCAAAGAUUGGUUGCUAAAUGUUGUAAAAUGAAGGAAAUAUAGCCCUGUGAAGUUCGCAAAUUUUGUAUAUAUUUGUAUUACGCGCAGUAAAAAUAACCACUUUCGGCUAAAAAAAAAUGGUUAUUUUUCCCGCGCGUAUAAUGCAAAUAUAUACAAAAUUUGCGAACUUCACAGGGCUAUAUUUUCCUCAUUUUACAACAAUUCGCAACCAAACUUUGCAAUUUUACUCAUUUGAAGAUGCUCUUUCCAGCUCUGGUAAUGGAUUUGUUCUUCUUGUCUAGAUCAAAAUUUCAUCUAUACCUGGACUCAUCAAUUGAAUAAACAAGAUUUUGAUCAAAACCUUUACUAUCCAGUUCUUUAAUUGUCAUACAUAUUUAUUGCAUGAUCCUGUAAUUUGGAAGUGGCCAACCAUUUUCUACAUGCACUUGAGCUAUAUUUAUCAACAUGUGUGAUGUGUCACCACAUCACGCUACCACAUGCUAGCUACAGUAUGUAACCAAUCCACAGACAAGAUGGUUACUUGAAUGGAAACUAAAGUGUUUUAGUGAAUUAGUUAGCCUCAUUCUAGUAACCUUUUGUCUCUGGGUUGGUUAUAUACUGUAGCUAACAUGUGGUAGCUUGAUUAAGACCAUGCAUGCAGGUGAAUGUUCUUCAUGGAGCACCAUAAUUAUUUCAUUCUAGGUAGUACCCAAGUUUAUAGCUUUGUUACAAAGGGAUAGAAAAUGGUAAGCGCUUUACUUUAGCUGACAACCAAGGUCUGUUCUUAUAUAGACUUCUUUCGCACGUACACGUUACAGUAAUAAUAUUUUGUUCAGCAUGUUAUUUGCUUACAAUUCGUGAUAUUCUGUUAUUGAGUACCGUGUUUCAAUGAAGCUAACUUUGUUAUAACUGUUUCUCUUUAAAGCUGUGUACAUGGCAAGGGAACGCAAUCAAGGUAUACACUAUACAUGCUUGUACAAUAUCAAACCAAAUGUUGAUUGGACUUCCUCAACUCAAAUACGAGUUGACAGUCAUGAUUCCUAAUCACUGAUUCCUAAUAGGAACAUUUUUUGUUACAGAAAUUUUCUUUAUGUUACCGAUGCUGCUGAAGCAUUCAUUUCAAUUUUACAUAAAGGUUUUGCAGGUCUGUAGAUUGUCUACUACAUGAACAUUGAACGUUCCCUGAAAUUCUGCCGAUUAAAUCCCAGUCAAGAUGAGAGUUGAUGAUAUAGUCAACUCUCAUCGACUCUCAUUAAAUUUUGAGCUGUUUCGAAUUUUGAUGAGAGUUGAUGAGAGUUUUCGCUCGAUUGCGUUGAGGAAACUCUCAUGCCUAUGUGCAAACUCUCGUUUUUCAACUCUCAUCGUUUGACCAGGGCUUUAAACGCGAAGGUUUAGUGUACGUAUAAUAAUUCAAUUAAGACUGUAUAGUCUGUGGAAACUGAAAACAGUAUGUGCUCUUCGUAUUCAUUCUACACUGUUUAAGACGUUCUCAUUGCUCUUCUUUACGACUUUAAAUUUAAAAUUAUUUAAAAAUAGCAAAAAGACUAUAUUUUCAGUCAAUUUUACUACGAAUUAUAACCUAAUUUGUGUCCGAAUUACUUUUCUGUCUAGGCGAAACCUAUAAUAUAGGAUCAGAUUUUGAAAUUUCUGUAGCGGAAUUAGCGAAAGAUCUUAUCAAACGGGUAAAUGUUUCGUUUUAUAUCACAGUUAUGACUACUAGACUACUAAACAUUUUUGUACUGUACCAAACUUUUAAAUAUUAAUUAUACCUUAUAAUAAUUGUACCGAGUUUUUGCUUAGACCAGCCAAUAUUAAUUAAUUGAUUAGUAGAAUUCAGUCGGAAGUUUGUUUGAUUUAAAAAUAGUUUAGAACUGAAGCUUGAAAAUAGUUUAGAACUGAUGAUUGAAAAUAGUUUAGAACUGAAGCUUGAAAAUAGUUUAGAACUGAAGCUUGAAAAUAGUUUAGAACUGAAGCUUGAAAAUAGUUUAGAACUGAAGCUUGAAAAUAGUUUAGAACUGAAGCUUGAAAAUAGUUUAGAACUGAAGCUUGAAAAUAGUUUAGAACUGAAGCUUGAAAAUAGUUUAGAACUGAAGCUUGAAAAUAGUUUAGAACUGAAGCUUGAAAAUAGUUUAGAACUGAAGCUUGAAAAUAGUUUAGAACUGAAGCUUCAAAAUAGUUUAGAACUGAAGCUUGAAAAUAGUUUAGAACUGAAGCUUGAAAAUAGUUUAGAACUGAAGCUUGAAAAUAGUUUAGAAUUGAAGCUUGAAAAUAGUUUAGACCUGAAGCUUCAAAAUAGUUUAGAACUGAAGCUUCAAAAUAGUUUAGAACUGAAGCUUGAAAAUAGUUUAGAGCUGAAGCUUGAAAAUAGUUUAGAACUGAAGCCUGCAGUGCAGUCACGAGCACAUCAAGUUAGUCCUAUUGUGGUCUUAUAAAAAUCUCGCCUUUUUACCAUCUGAGUCGAUUGACAAAAAUUAGCUUUGGAUUUAAAGGAUUAAAGUCAUGAUAUAAAAAAUGAAAAGAUGAGAGUUUUAUUAAUUUUUCUAUUUUAGAUAAAGAAAGUUAAGACAGACGAAGAAAUAGAAGAAUAUAUUGAAUAUGUGGAAGACAGGUAUGAAUUACCCGCAACUUAUAUGCAACCAUGAGAUUAUGAGAACAUAGAUAUACAGUAAAACCUAACGGCCAGUAAGAAGUUACCGACGAAGAGAUUGUGGCUAUGCACUGCAUGCUGUUUAUCCGAUAUUGAAAUUCCAACUAAAAUUUUAACAAAUGCCUACGAAUAAAUACGUAAUAUUUAAAGUACUACCAAACAAAAACACACGUUUAUAUAUCACAAUGGUCAAUGGACCAUUUUCAGCCAGAUUUUCCAGGCAAAGCCGACUAGCGACACUUACGUCCGUAUUCUAAAAGCUCACUCACACUCAAUGAGUGGAGGUUCAGCUUCUCUUGAGUGUCAAUGCUGUUUUUGAAUAGGUGGAGGGUGAGUAGUCACAUAUUAAGGUACGACACUAACCCUCCAGCUAUUCAAUAACUGCACUGACUGGCACCUAAGAGAAGCUCAGAUUGAACCUCCACUCAUUGAGUGUGAGUGAGCUUUUAGAAUACGGGUGUUAAUCCCAAGCAUCGACCAUUAUUCAGCAGGCGUUUUCCCGCCUUUCUCAAAACGCCCGCAAGUCCCCCCCCCCCCUAAAUUCACGCGCCCGCACGGAGUUAGUUAAUUAAUAACAAAACGCUUGUGGAGGAGGUAGUUUGAAGUAUGAGAAACAAAUUUUAUUCUUUUUGUAUUAUGCUCAUUACUCACUACGUAAAAGGAAACACGUUGAUUGAACUUAUGUUUCUCAACAUAUAAUCACAUGUCAUGUAAAUAAUUUUUCAAUUUCUCUAGACCGUUCAAUGAUCGUCAUUAUCCAAUGGAUUCUUCCAAAGUGGAAGCACUAGGAUGGAAACCUGUCGUUCAGUGGCAUGAUGGGAUUGAAAAGACAAGUAAGUUGCUUUGGAUUUUACCAGGAUCCUUUGGGGGUCAAAUACUUUGUACUAUUUAAAGUACAGUAUUUAUAUAAUAAUCUGAGUUCAAUCUGACCUUUCGUUGUUCAAGAGCCAUGAUCUUUUAGAGGAAUAACGACAAUGAUCUUGAUAUGCGGAAAAGUACUGGCACUAGUUGUCAAAUAGAAAUCCAUUUUGUGAUUAAAACAACUCAAUAUCUCCUGUGAUAUACUUUAUUUCGAUUCCAUAUUUUUUGUCAGAGCUAUAGUUCUCAUAACCAAACAUAAUUACAAAAUUUCAACUAGUUUCAUAAAGAAUAACGAAAGAUAUAAUUGACUGAAUACAUCAAAAUGGAUUUCUAUUCGGACAACCCUUUCUGAGCGCUGAUUGGCUAGAAUACGAACACGAGAUCACCUGGUAAGUAAUAUUUGUUUUGAUCGAACAUCAUAAUUAUCACCUGUAAUAACCCUUGCCGCCCUGUUUUGAAGUUUUUGUAAAUUUAAUUUUAAUGUUUCUGAACAAUUAGUCCAAACAAGGGAGCAGUAGUCAAAAUGAGGUAAAAUAAGUGCAUUAUAAAUCAUUUUCAAAGUAUUUCGGGAAGCAUUCCUACACCCUUCGAACUUUUCUUACAGAUGUUAUGUAUAUUCUCUUUCCAGUUUAGCUUGUCAUCUAUAAUGAUUCCCAGACUUUUUGUUUUGUAAAUGCGUUUUAUAUUAUUAUUUCCAAUUGUAAUAAUUGGAUCCGUUUGAACUUUAGUAAGGUUGUGCUUGGAUCCUAUUAUCAUGAAUUCAGUUUUAGUUGCAUUUAUAGUGUUAAUUUAUUUGCUGUUAACCAUGUAUUUUUUGAAUUUCAGUAUUUAAUUUCACACUAAUUUGAUCAACAUUAGUAGCAUUUACGGAAAUAUUUGUAUCAUCAGCAAAAAUGCUUGGAAUAGAUUCAUAAGACAGUUUGGCAGAUCAUAAAUAUAAAUCAGAAAUAAGAGUGGGCCAAGAUUUGAUCCUUGAGGUAUCCCACAUCGAACGUUCCUGAUUGAUGACUGACUUUGAUUAAUUUUACAAAAUUGUUUCCUAUCUUUCAAGUAGGAUUCAAACCAUGACAGAGAGAUUGCUUUUGAAAGCCAUAAAGUUUUAAUUUCUCAAUAAGAAUAUCAUGAUUUACAGUAUCAAACGCCUUUUUUAAGUCAAGAAAUAAUACACCAUUUAUUAGGCCUUUGUCAAUGUUACAUAACCAUUCAUUUGUAACACUUAACAGUGCUGUCGAUGUGGAAUAACCUUUCCUAAAUCCUGAUUGAUAUUUUGUAAAUAAUUCAUUGUCAUCGAAAUAUUUACUGAUUUGUUUAUAUAGAAUUUUCUAUAUAUAAUGUGAUAUCUGAAUAUCUUCAAGCCAAUCGUAGCUCUUUUAUAGAAGCAUCAUGAACCAGUGCCUUGUUUUGUAUACAUCUUAAAUUACGACAAAUGGCGCGAAAAUUUGCUUUCAUCGCGCUUCUACCUCCUCCACAGGCCGUAACGAAUUCCCUAAUUUCGUACUUGAACCAGCCUCGUACCCAGGCGCUUAAAAGGAACGCAAAUCGCGAUUGCUGUUGUAUAUAUAGAUCAGUGGUUGAUCCCAUGGUGAGAUAAGGAGCCUAAACCUUUGUAAUUCAGCUUCGUAUGUAUUAGACAAAGCGAGGUACAAAACGACUAAUUUUGAAUUAUUCCAUUAUUCCUGUCUAGUUGAAUGGUACAUUGAUAAUUUCCACAACUGGCCAGACGCAGAACGUUCCCUUACUCCAUUUCCUAUUGGUAGUAAUACAAUGUAUUAUCAGAAAGAUGAUGGAACAGUUCUUAAAGUUUCAAAAAUGCCAAGAUGUAUUCCUUCGAAUGAUUCCUGCUAGCCUCUUCCUUAUCAAUUCAUUCGCCAUAAUUACGUACAGGGAAAAUCGACAAGCUUUCUUAGUUCUUAUACGCAAUCAUGUUUACAAUUUAUGGCAUAGCGUUGGUGAUAUGUCGAACUUAUUUUUAUAAGCUAGUUCAAUUAACGCUGUCUUCUGAUAAUCAAAUCUCAGAGCCGCAAAACCUCGACCUGUACUGUUUCUUUCUUAACGCUUCUUGUUCAUCGCAUUUUGUUCAACAUAAUUUCCAUGCCGCUUAGAGGUGCGGUUUUGACUUUGAAAGAACAACUUUAAUUGAGCUGUACAUGCUAUACACUCUUUUAUCAAUUACACUAUGUCACUUAAGUUAAGUUAAUGAGAACAUGUUAUCAUAUAUAUAUUUUUCACAACCAUACAGAUUACUGCACAUUUUAAUUUAUAAUUACCUGUCCAAUAUCUAUUUUAAUUUCACCUGUAUAUUGUUAUAUUAACAUUAUUAUAUAUUUCAAUUAUUAAUUUUAAACCUUCUGUAUAUUGUGGAAAUAAAUAAUGAAUCCCAG